ACCAAUAGGGAUCGACUUUGGUGCGUGAUUCGCUUGCCUCCUGAAUCAUGGCAGACGAUGAUGAGACAGCAACAAAAGAAGCUGAAGAGCACGAUGUAUGCGGCAGCGAUUGUGAGAAUGAAGAGGACGAUGCACAUAGUAAAGAAAAGAUCCCAGGGGAUGAGCUGGGAGCAAAGAAGAAGAAAAGGAAGCCAAAGCGGAAGAAGGAUAAAGGUGGGAAGCUAGACUCGGACGAUCAUUCAAAGGCUAACUCGUUGCCAGCCGAGAAGCUCCAAGAGAUCCAGAAGGCCAUUGAACUGUUUUCUGUUGGUCAAGGUCCAGCAAAGAGUAUGGAGGAGGCAACCAAACGCAGUUACCAGUUCUGGGAUACCCAGCCAGUGCCAAAGCUUGGUGAAGUAGUGACUGUGCAUGGCCCUAUUGAGCCAGACAAGGCUAAUAUUCGACAAGAGCCCUACAGUCUACCACAAGGGUUUCUGUGGGAUGCCCUGGAUCUUGGGAAUGCUGAAGUGCUGAAAGAGUUGUACACCUUGCUGAAUGAGAACUAUGUGGAGGAUGAUGACAACAUGUUUAGGUUUGAUUACUCGCCUGAAUUCUUAUUGUGGGCUCUGCGUCCUCCUGGUUGGUUGCUCCAGUGGCACUGUGGAGUACGUGUUGUCUCCAACAAAAAAUUAGUGGGCUUCAUCAGUGCCAUUCCAGCUAAUAUUCAGAUUUAUGACCACCAAAAGAAGAUGGUGGAAAUUAACUUCCUGUGUGUGCAUAAAAAGCUACGAGCUAAACGGGUGGCUCCAGUCUUGAUCCGGGAGAUCACUAGGAGAGUCAACCUUGAAGGCAGCUAUCAGGCUGUGUACACUGCAGGUGUGGUGUUGCCUAAACCCGUAGGCACUUGCAGGUACUGGCAUAGGUCACUGAACCCACGCAAACUAGUUGAGGUGAAAUUCUCCCAUCUGAGCAGAAACAUGACUAUGCAACGAACAAUGAAACUAUAUAGACUACCAGAGACACCAAAAACACCUGGUCUGAGGCCGAUGGUACGCAAGGAUGUGAAAAGUGUGUGCAGACUGUUGAGAGAAUAUUUGAAGCAAUUCUAUCUGACUCCAAUAAUGAAUGAAGAGGAGGUCGCUCACUGGUUCUUGCCUCAGGAAAAUAUUAUAGAAACUUAUGUGGUUGAGAACCCUGAAGGAGAAUUGACAGACUUCAUCAGUUUUUACACUCUUCCUUCCACCAUCAUGCACCAUCCUGUUCACAAGAGCCUGAAAGCUGCUUACUCUUUUUAUAAUGUCCAUACCAAGACUCCUCUUGUUGACCUCAUGAACGAUGGCCUCAUCCUUGCAAAGUCGAAAGGUUUUGAUGUUUUCAAUGCACUGGAUCUAAUGGAAAAUAAGACCUUUCUAGAAAAGCUGAAAUUUGGAAUUGGAGACGGCAACUUGCAGUAUUAUCUGUACAAUUGGAAGUGCCCCAGCAUGGCUCCUGAAAAGGUUGGGCUCGUGCUGCAGUAAAGUUGCUAAGAAUGGAGCUGGGAUGAGCCACCAAUCAGCCAUAUCAGAAAUGCAUUCUGGCCUGACACUGCUGAACCUGGAAGCUCAUGAGAAAUGGGAAGGAAUGAAGCCCAUGGCAUUCAAAGAGUUUACAGAUUAUAGUGUCCUACAUACUCAUUACUCUGCCCAACUCUGUCAAAACCAUAUAUGCAUUAAACAUGAUUUUAAUAAAUGGAUUAGAACCAGUCAAAUUGGAAAAGGCAAUGUCAAGCGUGUCCAAAGAUUGAAGCAGUGUUUUAUAUCUCUGAGCUUUGACCAAGAUUUCCCUCACCCAAAAAUGCCACAUUGACAAAAGCAGGUCUAACUUCUUAAUAUUGUUAGCCGGGUAAUUAUCAGUGGAUGAUUGUCUUUUCACGGAGCCUUUGGAUGAUCUCAUUUAUGGAGCAUGCUUUGAACAGCCUUGAGCAGCAGUUCCAGUGCAAAGGUUCUGCUGGGAUACAAAUGGGGGUUUUCCAGAUUUUAAGAGCUUUGGGGUUCUCUGAAACUGCAUAUUACCAAAACGUAUUGCCUUCACACACCUUUAUUAUAUGUUUGAGAGAGGCUACCAAGUUAAACAUGGGAAGAGUAAUUUGCAGUGUUGAAAGGGGGUUGAACCUUGUAUUAGGCUUUGGACUUAAAUGCAAACACACAACAGUGAAAACUAUUGUUUAGCUUAGGAAAUAAAGUGUUUCCAACAUCUAGAAGACAGCAAUGCAGUUAAGAAUGGGGUAUUCUUUCCAAGGUGUAAUACUGUAUUUUUCCCUCCUCAUUCUGCUGUCUUUCUCUUUCUGCACAUUCUUAACUUAGUAUAUAUUCUUCUUUCCUGACUUUGAAGUUUUGAAGUGAAAGAUCUAAAUUGAUAAGCUGUGUAAAGUACCCUGUAAAAUUGAAAAGGCUAUCUGUCCUAUCUCUGUGUUGUAGAGAACUUGUUUUUGAAAUAUGAAUCUGGUUCACAAUUGACAGUUUGAUCAUUAGAACUUGGCCAAUGAAUGAGAAGUACAGGCAUCUUAUGGUACCAUUUGUUUCUAAAGUGCAUUCUUUUAAUGUAUUCCAAAGAUCUAAAUUAUCUUGGCCCUUUCAACUACUUGAAGUAGCUCCAUUUUUGGAUAAUUUUCUAUUUUAAUUUGAUUGUAAAUCAUGUUCUGUGUUCUUUGCUGUAACUUAUUUUCAAUGGCUACGAUGUUCUACAAGGUUUGGCGGCUGUAUUUAACGUAAGACGUAGUCAACAUUUGUCCUCUUCCAAAAGGAGAUCAGUUUUAUGCAACUCACUGAACAUCCCUAAUUAUAAAGGAUUUAACACUGUCUACAAAACCCCAGCAUCUUUUUCAGCCUUCUGAACUGAAUUAUCAGCAUGGUUGAGUCACAAAUUAUCUGAACAUGGGACCUUUUCAAGUAGCCUGAUAAGUUGCAGGUAACUGGCAUAUACUGCAUGCAGUUGUGAGUAUCCAUGGUACCAGUGUGUAGAGGAGACCAAGAAAAUAUCCAAAAAUUGCUACGAAAUUUCAAGUUGCUACUAAACUAGAAAAUUGAAUUCCAUUUUAAAAUCUGGAAAUCUAGUAUCAGAUUGUUGUAUAAGCCCAAUUAAUUCACUGAGCUAUGUUGCAAGAGAAACCUUCCAUUGUUAUUGUUCAGUUGUUGUGUACUGCUCAAGUCUCAUAAUUGGAUGCAAUUAUUUAUGGGAAUCUAUUACAAUGUGGCAGAUUCUAGACUGCCCUUCACCAGUCCUGUUUGGUUCCACCCCACAUUAGAAAUUCACAAUACAUGUUGCCUAUGCCAGUGGUACCCAUCUUAUGAAUAAUUGAUGAAAGCAAAAUUAGCAGUUGAUUCCUUUUUCAGUCAUUGACUUAUUGUGAUCUUUCUUUCCAGUUUACUAAGCCCCUUAGUUCAUUCUGUUUGAUGUCUUCCUGAUAAAACUGCAGUCCUUGAAGUUCCCAUUGCUUUCCCAUGUCAUUUGUGUCUUUCAUGUUAUGUAUUGUUCACAUGCCUUUUAAAUCUGGAUGAGUAAAUUGCUUUCAAAUAUAAUUUGGGUUGCAGGCUGCCAAAGGGUCCAACCAUACAGCAGCAAAUGUUGUUGAAUACAUUUUUAACCCUGAUGGCUAAGCUUUUAAUGUCCUGUACUAUUUAAAUUUAUUUCUUGGUGUUCUUCCCUUCUUUAUUCCAAGAUAAUAUCACUUUUUUUUUAUUUGAGAAGGAGAAGAAAGCACACAUGGUGCUCACUGUCAUAAUGCCAAAGCUAGAUUUGGGUAAAUUGAAAUUAUUCCAAAAUAUGUCUAGGGCUCCAUUAAUGCAGUGUUCUUGUGCAGAUCUAUGUUGGAAACAACCAGAACUGUAACCCCCAUCUAGCACUUAGCUCAUGGUGUCAUGACCUUCAUGCUGGACCAAUAGUCACAGAAAUGUUUGGCUCAUGUUGAUAGAUAAGGAGAAGGAUUUUACACGGGGUGGCUGAUUAAUAUGUUCACUUCAGAUAUGCUGCAGCUCUGUUAAGAUUGCAUUGAUGCUACAGCAAAGAGAGUGCUAGUUUGUGGUUCAAUUGCCACUCAAGGGCUUGUGCCUCAAGGCUGACACUCUAGCGCUGCACUGUUUGAAGGUCUUUUCAGCAGAAGUGAAAAAGCAAACUUUAUUCCAUUGCAUUGUUUUAAAGGGUCUGGAAAAGGGAUCACCUGUGUUGUGGCUAGUAUUUAACUUUCAUUGUUACCUGGAAAUCUUUGGAACCUGCUGUGGGGAAUUUGAUUACUGUGCUUCCUACAUCUUAAGUUAAUUGUUGUUUGUAAAGUAUUGGGGUGUUCUGAAAGGAUGUGGAAGAUGCUUCAUAAAUGCAAGUCUUUUAAAAAUUCCUUAAA